UCGCGGCCUUUUUGCCAAGAAGCCCUCCUGAUUCUUCAAGUACCACCAACUAGUCCUCUACGUUCGCGACGCUUCCCCCCGAAUCCCCAGAACCCUAGCGGAGCUCGAGCUCGCGAUGGCGUCGCCGAGCGAGACGACGGCGAGCUCUACCAUAACGAGCGCGGCGGUAGACGGCUGUGGAGAGCACGAGAGCAAGCGGGAGCACGGCAAUGGCGCGGUUGCCACCCCCACCGUGGGGCAGGGGCAGCAGCAGGAGCAGGAGGAGGUGAUGGUCGGGCCGGGGCCGGCGCCGGCGCGGCAGCGGCAGAAGCGCCCGCUCCAGUUCGAGCAGGCGUUCCUCGACGCUCUCCCCUCCGCCGCCAUGUACGAGAAGAGCUAUAUGCAUCGGGACGUCGUCACCCACGUCGCCGUCUCUCCUGCCGACUUCUUCAUCACCGGGAGCGCAGAUGGGCACCUGAAGUUUUGGAAGAAGAAACCUGCUGGGAUUGAAUUUGCUAAACAUUUUCGGUCUCAUCUCAGUCCCAUCGAAGGCUUAGCUGUGAGUGUUGAUGGCUUACUUUGCUGCACGAUAUCCAGCGAUCAGUCUGUGAAGAUAUAUGAUGUUGUAAACUAUGACAUGAUGUUCAUGAUGCGUCUUCCAUUUGUUCCUGGGGCUAUUGAGUGGGUUUAUCGAGAAGGGGAUGUUAAACCAAAACUUGCUGUUAGUGACAGAAAUACCUCAUUUGUUCACAUAUAUGAUACUCAUUCUGGUUCAAACGAUCCAGUCAUAUCCAAAGAGAUUCAUACUGGGCCUGUCAAAGUUAUGAAAUAUAACCAUGCACACGAUGUUGUGAUAUCUGCUGACGCCAAAGGACUGUUGGAAUACUGGUCUCCAUCUACCCUAAAGUUUCCAGAACAUGAGGUGAGGUUUCGUCUGAAAACGGACACAAAUCUAUUUGAAAUUGCAAAAUGUAAGACGAGUGUGUCUGCUAUCGAGGUGAGCAACGAUGGCGCUCAAUUUGCCAUCACAUCUCCUGAUCGUAGGAUACGGGUAUUUUGGUUCAAAACUGGGAAACUAAGACGUGUAUAUGAUGAGUCCCUUGAGGUGGCACAAGAUCUUCAAAGAAGUGAUGUUCCAUUGUAUCAUCUUGACGCUAUUGAUUUUGGGCGCCGAAUGGCUGUUGAGAAGGAAAUAGAGAAGACAGAAAAUGUUCCACAACCUAAUGCUGUAUUUGAUGAGAGCUGCAACUUUCUUAUUUAUGCUACCCUUUUGGGCAUAAAGAUUGUAAACUUGCACACAAAUAAGGUUUCCCGCAUCCUGGGAAAGGUAGAGAACAAUGAAAGGUAUCUGAAAAUUGCUCUAUACCAAGGCGACAAUGGCAACAAGAAGGUUAGAAAAAUUCCUUCAGUAGCUGCCAAUGUCAAUGAUAGCAAGGAACCUUUAUCAGACCCAACACUGCUAUGUUGCGCUUUCAAGAAGCAUCGAAUAUAUCUCUUUAGUCGUAGGGAACCUGAGGAGCCCGAAGAUGCAACUAAGGGUAGAGAUGUUUUCAACGAAAAACCACCACCAGAAGAGCUUUUGGCUGUAUCAGAUUUAGGAAAGACUGCUACAACAUCAUUGCCUGAUAGUUUGGUGCUGCAUACUUCUAUGGGUGACAUUCACUUGAGACUAUAUCCAGAAGAGUGUCCAAAAACUGUGGAGAACUUCACUACCCAUUGCCGGAACGGUUAUUAUGACAAUCUAAUAUUUCAUCGUGUAAUUAAAGGAUUCAUGAUUCAGACUGGGGAUCCUUUGGGGGAUGGCACUGGUGGGCAAUCUAUCUGGGGCACGGAAUUCGAAGAUGAAUUUCACAAAAGUUUGAGGCAUGACAGGCCUUUUACGCUUUCCAUGGCCAAUGCGGGACCUAAUACCAAUGGUUCUCAGUUCUUUAUCACCACUGUGGCAACUCCAUGGCUAGAUAACAAACACACGGUGUUUGGUAGAGUUGUGAAAGGAAUGGAUGUUGUCCAGCAAAUUGAGAAGGUCAAGACUGACAAGAAUGACAAGCCAUAUCAAGAUGUAAAGAUCUUGAAUGUAACAGUUCCCAAGACAUAAGCACCCGCCUAAUCAAUUGGGUCGGGACGUUUUCCCUGCACUUUCUUGGUUCUGCAACCUUUUGCUGACUGACAAUGCGCUCUCCUCUUACAAGAGCUGUUGCCGUGAUGAUUUGAGCACACCCUCCGCUGCCUAGAACAUCGUCUUAUUAGAACAACACAGCUUUCAGAAUCGAUGAUGCCUCGGGUGUUCUCUGAGAAAUUUAGUUAGCCGUCUGUCCAGAAUCAUGGAGAAAAGGGUUUGUAUUUGUAACACCGAAUUAAUCUUGCAGGGUAAAUUGAAAAAUGUGAUGUAACACCGAAAAGGGUUUGUAUUUGUAACACGGGAGUUCUGGCAGUGGCAUGAGGAAUGAUUCGUCCAGUAAAACAAUGUCCGUGUGGGCCAAUCGAGUUGCUGUGAUGCUGCUGGUAAUGGUUGAAGUUGCCGUGAAACUCCCGUGUGUCCCUAUUGAAAUUUUGCUGUUUAAAUUGCAAGACUAGUCGAUUGAAGUAUUGAACCGUUGGUAG